GUAGAUAGUAUUCUCGGUGCAAGAUCCGAAGGGGACCACGAGUCCACGAGACGAUUAAAGAAUGAGUUCCUUGCCGCUCUGGAUGGUAUCACCAGCAGACCCGAGUCUCGAAUACUCUUCCUUGGAGCGACCAAUCUACCCUGGCAGAUUGACGCUGCCGCAUUGAGGAGAUUCCCCAAAAAGCUGUACACCCCGCUGCCCGGCAUAGGAGCUCGGAAGUAUCUAAUCACCAGGUUACUGGAUCUACAUCAUGCUAGCAUAUUGACUGAGACACCAGCCGGUUUCAAUGAAGAAGUCAUACAUCGAGUGUCAGAGAGUACCGAGGGAUAUUCUGGGAGUGACAUCAAACAGUUGAUGUGCGCCGCUGCGAUG